CAUAAAAUGAGUAAGAGUCAGCAAGGAAGUCCACUAAUGGCACCAACUUUUUGUUAGGCCCCUCAUGUCCCUGUUUACUCAAUUGUCUUUGUCUUGUUGCUAACAAAUUAUUGAGAACUACUUCUUCACUAUAAGCUUUGACAGACCAACACACAGUUCCGUUACAAAGCCUGCAAGCAUUGCAUUUUUCACUCUUCUCCUUCAUAUCUUAAAUUUCUGAUCACUUGUUGAGAUCAUAUCAUGGCUGGUGCACUUGUUGGUGGAGCUUUACUUUCUGGCUUCAUUAACGUUGUCUUUGACAGGUUCCUUACAACUGAUGCUGUCCACUUGGUCUUGGGAAAGAAACUUGGCCCUGACUUGGUUGAAAGGCUGAAGACUGCUCUGUUGGGUGCUGAAGCUCUUGUAGCUGAUGCUGAGUUGAAGCAGUUCGGUAAUCCAUCUGUGAGGAAGUGGCUUGAUAGUCUCAGGGAUGCUGUUUACCAUGCUGAGGACUUGCUGGAUGCUGUCCUCCUCAAAGCCACCACUCAAAAGAAUGUAAGUUCUUCCUGGUCCCUUAGCUUCUUCACCAACCGAGAUAGGGAUGACAUGGUAGACAAGAUGGAAGGGGUGGUUAGAAGAAUAGAGGAUCUUGGGAAACAAAAAGAUUUCCUUGGUCUUGAAAAGAUUCCCACUGUAAGCUCAUCAUGGAGGACUCCGACCAGUUCUAUUGUAAGAGGGAACGUGUAUGGCAGGGAGGAUGACAAGAAGGCCUUAAUCAAGAUGCUGAAUGACAACAGUGAGCAUCACCUGUCUGUGAUCGCUAUUGUUGGCAUAGGUGGGGUUGGUAAAACAACCUUGGCUCAAUGGGUGUACAAUAAUGCAGAGUUGAUGGAGGGAUUUGAUAGGAAAGCAUGGGUUUGCGUUUCGGAAAACUUCAAUAUUGUUGAGACUACAAAGAAUAUUGUAAAAGAGAUCUCUACAAAUACUCAGGAUCCUGACAGCUUCAAUUCAAUUCAAGAUGCUUUGAAGAAAGAAUUGUCUGAAAAGAAAUUUUUUGUUGUUUUGGACGAUGUUUGGAGUAACGAUCAACAUCAAUGGAGAAAUUUUAUAGCCCCUUUUCAAUACGGGGCUAAGGGAAGUACUAUUCUUCUAACUACUCGCAAGGAAAAUGUUGGUUUAGUUGCUCAAACAAAUUAUCAACCUCUCAUCCUCAACACAUUGUCAGAAGAUCAAUGUUGGUCAGUGUUUGCAUACAAUGCAUCUUUUCCAGAAUCAAAUGGGAGCCCUGCAUUAGUAGAAAUAGGCAAAAAGAUCACAAAGAAGUGUGAUGGUCUGCCAUUAGCAGCAGAAACACUUGGUUGCUUGUGCAGAAACCAUGAUGCUGAGGAGUGGGGAAAAAUAUUAAAGAGUGAUAUUUGGGAGUUUUCUACGAAUGACAGUAAGAUAAUCCCAGCGUUAUUAAUAAGCUACUAUCAUCUCCCUCCACAUUUAAAACGUUGUUUUGUUUAUUGUUCAUUGUUUCCCAAAGGUUAUAAACUUGAGAAAUAUGAAUUAAUCUUGUUGUGGAUGGCAGAAGAUCUAUUACAGGUAUCAAAUAGAAGAGAGACUUUAGAAGAAGUUGGCAGCAAAUAUUUUGACGAUUUAGCUUCUAGAUUAUUUUUUAAAAAGCUUCAAGAUGAUGAUCACUAUUAUGCUAUGCAUGAUCUCUUGCAUGACUUGGCAAUAUUUCUUGCUGGAGACUUUUAUUGUAGAUUAGAAGAACUUGGUGAAGAAGAAGAGUUGGGGAGUUUGACUCGUCAUUUGUCAUUUGGAAAAUUGAUGAAUCGCUCAGUCUCAAAAAGUUUUAAUUCCAUUGCUACAUUGAAAUCUUUGAGGACAUCCUUGAAUGUCAACGAUUUGUUUAGCAUGGAAAGCGUAGCGUCAAAGUUUAAAUACUUGAGAGUUUUAUCCUUUGAUGAACUUGACGAGGUGCCUAAUUCAAUUGGAGAAUUAAUCCAUCUGCGCCACUUGGAUUUGUCUUAUACUGAUAUAAAAACAUUACCCGAGUCUUUGUGCAGCUUGUGCAAUUUGCAAACAUUGAAGUUGCGUGGUUGUUCUGAGCUAACGACGCUUCCUAGUGGUUUGCAUAAUCUUGUGAGUUUGCGGCAUCUUGAUAUUAGAAAAACCUCUUUGGAAGAAAUGCCCAGAAAAAUGAGCAAAUUGAAUCAGUUGCACGUUUUGAGUUCCUUUGUCAUUGGCAAGCACGAAGACAAUGGAAUCCAGGAGUUAGGAGGGCUUGUAAAUCUUCACGGAUCCCUUGAGAUUAAGAAGUUGGAGAAUAUUGUUAAUGUGAAAGAAGCAAAGAUGGCAAAGAUAAUGGAUAAGAAGCACAUUGAUGAAUUAUGGUUGGAAUGGUCUUCAGGUGAUGAUUUGGUUUCAAGCACAGAAACAGAAAGAGACAUGCUGGAUAACUUGCAACCGCAGAAUGGGUUGAAAGAGUUGGAAAUCAAGGGAUACAAGGGUACAAUAUUUCCAGAUUGGGUUGGGAAUUGUUCCUACCAAAAUAUGACAAGUGUAUCUCUAGAGUGUUGCAAGAAUUGCUGCAUGCUGCCUUCACUUGGACAGUUGCCAUCUCUCAAGUCCCUGCGCAUUCGAGGUUUCGAUCAGCUGAGGAGUAUUGGCGGCGAGUUUUACAAGAAUGAAGGAGAUCAUUCUUCGCAUAUUGCACCAUUUCCCUCACUUGAGAGAUUGAAGUUUGAUGACAUGGCAUGUUGGGAGGUGUGGCACGUAUCUGAGUCGGAAACAUUUCCUCAACUUAGGAAGCUUCAAAUAACAAAUUGCCGAAUGUUGAAGGAAGAGAUGCUUAAUCAGGUAUUUUUCAGAAUCGUUUCUUCUUUGUCGGAUGUUUCCAAAGUUCGCAAACUACAUAUAUACGACUACCUUGGACAGCACACCAAGACCAUGAAACUUAAUGGGGAUAGUUUAUCAGUUUGGGGAUGUGAAUCUGUGAGGGAGUCUGCAUUUAAGGCAAUAAUGAACAUGAACCAUCUAAGUUGCCUGCAAGAAAUGGAUAUCUCAGGGUGUUCCUCUCAUGUAUCCUUUCCGGGCAAUUGUUUUCCCAAAUCUUUGCAAAAGCUGGAAAUCCGGAGGUGUAGAAAACUAGGAUUCCCCCAGCUACAGCAGCACAAGUAUGAUUUGGUAGAGCUACUAAUAGAAGAGAGCUGUGAUUCACUGACCUCCUUGUCGUUGGAUGUCUUUCCCAAUCUCAAGAAUCUCCAUAUACAUAAUUGUUGGAAUCUGGAAUCAGUGUCAAUGUCAGAGGCACCACACGCUGCUCUUCAACGUCUCUCCAUUACUUUGUGCUCCAAAUUAGUGUCAUUUGCAGGAGAAGGACUGGCUGCACCCAACUUGACUCAUCUCAGCAUCACACAUUGCUACAAGUUGGAGGCAUUACCACGUGACAUGAAGAGUCUACUCCCAAGUUUACACUCUCUCAACAUAUAUGGUUGCCCAAACAUUUGCAGGUUGGCAGAGGGUGGUUUGCCGCCUAACUUGAAAUCACUUGGUGUGGGAGGUUGCGAGGAACAACUGAGGGAUCUAUCACGGAUGGCCAACUUCCACGCCCUCACUCAUCUUACAAUUUCAGGUUAUAACUGCGACAACAUAAAGUUAUACCCAGAGGUGGGUUCGCUGCCUCACCUUCCCUCCCUUACCACUCUUGAGAUAUGCUGGUUCCAUAAUCUGGAGACAUUGGAGUGCAACGAGCUUCUCCGCCUCACCUCCCUUCAACAAUUGCAGAUUUCAUGCUGCCAGAAGCUCCAGAAUAUGAAAGGAGAAAAGCUGCCUCCCUCUCUCUUCCUACUUCAAAUUUCUUACUGUGGUUUGCUGGAAGAACACUGCAGGAACAAGCAUCAACUAAUCUGGCACAAAAUUUCCCACAUCCCCACCAUUCAAGUCAAGGGAAAAUUAAUUGUCUGAACAGAGAUUUGUGAGCAGGUAGCUUCUACUUAGUUACAAGUGCCCAGAUGACUAAGAUUUCAGCACAUAAUCUUUAUGUAAUACAAACCAUACUUACAUUUACCUUCAUUCAAUCAAAAGAACUAAUUUUUGUUUUAGCUUCAGGUCGGUAUAGCUACUCUAUUCCUCUAUGCAAUUUACUUCACGCUGGAGAAUAUGGCAGGAGAAAAGUUCAAGACUGUCCUUUGCUUGGUGAACACUACAAGAAGAAGAGUUGCAGCUAAACUCUCUAUGAAGAUUUUACAGGGGCCUGAAGAGAUACAUAACUGCUAUGGUCAAGGAACUGCUUUCUUUAUGGGUUCAACCAAUAAAAUGUGCAUUAGACCUCUUAUGUGGCAAUUGCAACUUGGGGAGCAUGUAGGUAAAAAGGAAUGCAACAAUGUUGAAGACAUCAUUCUGUAUUUAUCAAGCAGGUUCUGAUAAUUUUCCUUUGUGUGAGGCCCAAGCAAACAUUUUUUGGAGAGUCCCUCUACAUCCCCAAAUGAAUGAUAAGAUGGUCAAAUCUGUUCAUGUUUGAAUGAAAUUCUUCACUCAUAAUUCUUCAAUUUGGAGAUGUGGUUGUGAUUUGAGCUCUCAAGUAGAACUGGGAGAAAGUCUGUAAACAAGCAUCAUUGACUUCAUUUUGUUGUUGUGUUUGGGUUGUUGUACAAGAUUUGUGCAUGUAUGUUUAUUAGUGUGUGUAAGCUUUGAGACACCUUUGUAGCUUUAAUUUGGAUAAUAGUGAAGUUUUUUUUUUUUUUUUUUACCUUCCGGUGGGUUUUUUUAUCUCAUACAUUGAGAGGUUUUUAUUCCCACGUUAAGACUUUGGUAUUCUAUUUUUCUGCCUUCUCUUCAAUAUCUUACUGCUAUU